AGAUGUUGAAGACUCCUGUGGGAGAGAGAGAGGUUUUGUACACAACUAAACAAAACCUGAGCCUUUCUUCCUACUAAUUUAAGCCCACAUUUCCAAGAAAAUCAAAACCUCCCUCUGCACUCUCAUUAGGUUCCAAAUCAGUCAAAUUCUUGAAAUACUGUCAAUUUGUGGUGCGAAUGUCUGCUUUGUUGAUUCAAGACGAAAUUUUUAAAAGGGGGAAAGAAGGGUUAUGUGAGAGUGAGUGCACAUUUAGAGAAAACAUGGAUUCGAGCGGUGAAAGCAGCAUUUCAAGCUCUGAUUUUUUGGCCUUGGGGUUGAGUAGUAGUAGUAGUAGCAGUUUUCAAGAUUCAUCUUCGCAGCCUUCAACUUCUGAGGCCUCUGAAGAAUCCCACAAAAUCCACGUGGAGGAGAUGAAGUUUGAGAAGAAGAGAUCAUCUCUAUCAGAAUUUGAGAUGAUGAGAGAGAGAUUCUCCAAACUGCUGCUUGGUGAAGACAUGUCUGGUCGUGGGAAUGGUGCUUCCACUGCUUCGGCUAUCUCCAAUGCAAUUACUAAUCUGUGUGCUACUCUUUUUGGACAAGUUUGGAGGUUGGAGCCUCUGCAGCUCGAUAAGAAAAUAAUGUGGAGAAGGGAGAUGGAAUGGAUUCUCUCCGUUAGCGAUCAUAUUGUCGAAUUCGUACCUUCUUGGCAGACAUUCCCCAAUGGAAGUAAACUCGAGGUCAUGACAACCAGACCGCGAUCAGAUCUAAGCAUUAACCUCCCUGCUCUGCGCAAGUUAGACAACAUGCUUCUUGAAAUCUUGGAAACAUUUGAAGAUUCUGAGUUCUGGUAUGUCGAUCAAGGGGUAGUAUCUCCAACUGUCAAAGGUUCAUCAUGCUCCAUCAUCCGUGAAACCCUCCCCCAUCAACAAGACAAAUGGUGGCUUCCCAUGCCUCGUGUCCCUCCCGGUGGCAUCAGUGAGGACGGAAAGAAGUUGCUGCAGCAUAGGCGCGACUGCACGAACCAAAUACUCAAAGCUGCAAUGGCUAUAAACUGCGCGACUAUCGCAGAAAUGGACAUCCCCGAUUCAUAUCUAGAAUCACUCCCAAAGAACGGGAAGGUGAGUUUGGGAGCUCGUAUUCAUAGAUAUAUAAACUCUGACCAAUUCAUGCCUGAGUGCUUGCUCGACUGCCUCCAUCUGUCCACUGAUCAUCACGCUCUCGAGAUUGCCAACAGAGUGGAGGCCACAAUGCUUGUGUGGAGGCGAAGAAACACCUCAAAAAAUUCCUCACAUGGCAGCACAAACAAGUCCCGUUGGGAAAUGGUCAAGGAUUUCGUGGGUGAUGGAGACAAAUGGGAGGUGCUCGCAAAUAGAGCAGAGAGGCUUCUCAUCUGCCUGAGGCAACGGUUUCCCAGUCUACCUCAGACCACCUUAGACAUGAGCAAGAUCCAAUAUAACAAGGAUGUGGGGAAGUCGAUACUAGAGAGCUACUCAAGAGUCCUCGAGAGCUUGGCGUUCAACAUUGUAGCGCGUAUUGACGACUUGCUCUUGGUGGAUGAGUUGUCGAAGCAGUCAGAUCAGCUGGUGGCGUUCCCAAAGAUUGGUACGAUCAGCAGCCCGUACAGGACGGCCUUGUCGACUCCUAGCUUCUCGCCUCUGCGGAGAUCGCCAUACAUUGAGAGCAGCAAGCAUCACCUUCAUGGAUUCGGGUUGAACAGGAUUCAGCGGACUGAUUGUGCCAGUGUGGAUGGGAAGGGGAAGAUUCUCGGCCGGAAUAUGCCUACGAGUGUGGCCAUGGAGAUGUUGGAAUAUGAAUCCCUUGAUACUUAAAAGGGGAUCAUCAGCCCAAAAACAGAUUAGUCUAUGAUUGAAAAAAAUGACCAGUUUGUUUUGUUGUUUUGUUGUUGUAGUGUGUCUCUGUGUCACUGUGUGUGAGUGUUUGUAGUUAUGUUUAAGGUUCUCAUGAGCUGAGAAUGUUACACUGACGAAUUUGAUUGUAAUACUCAAGCUAACGCCAUUGUCUAACAAUGAUGUUAUUUUGUUUAUAAACAUUGAAAAAACUACUAUUCUGUGUGCA